UUUUGUCCCUCCACGCUUCCACUAUAAUAUAACAACAAGGAAGUGUAGGAAGUUGAAUACAUGGCAAAAAAGAAACCAGAAGAAAACCCAAAACGCAUAUCUUCACAUACAUCUUCAGCUGCGAGAGAGAAGGCGGAAAAGCGAAAAGAAAUGAAGCAACCCAAACAAGCUAAUAUGUUUUUCCUCGCUGUCAUUGUUGUUGUUAUUGCCGUUUGCGUAGGACCACUAAUGGCUGAAAUCUCUGCGCCUGACUUUGGUCACUCUAAACACGUUGGUUUGAAGAUGGAUGAGGCUCUUUUGACGGUCAGCAAUGAGCUGGAGACGGAGAUCCUGGUGUCCUGGAGGUCAGAGCGCUGCUACCAGUGUUUGUACCAGCUUCUGGGGGUGGUGCCAGCAGGGAGCAGCCCUGGCCAGCCCGGCUCAGCUGACUUUUCUGUGAGCACACAGCAUGAAAUAACUCUGCAGCUCAACAGCGCUCCUGAGGCCCAGGAGAUCUGCAAAGUUCAAUUCCACUUCAGGGAGCAUGGGAACUACUCUCUGUGGAUGAAAAACCUCAACAACGUCUCGCUCACUAACUGCUCCCUAGUGACCAAUUCAGACCCUGUAAACAGUAAUAUGCCGAUCUUGGUUGCUUUUUUUGUCUUUGUGGGACUGGCCUUGAUAUUUGCCGUCGGAUGUAGAGUAUUAAGAUUUGGUGUGGUAAGGGGUUUCGUCCUCAGAAUCAGUGGGACCAUGGAGACAGAGAGGCUCAUUAAUUCUGAACUGGGGUCUCCUCGGACAGACGGGCUAGUUACUGACAACAUCCUCCCUUCCCCGGCCAACGCCAACAGAAGGCUUCGUUCGCUCGACACGUUCAGAGGGAUCUCUUUGGUUAUUAUGGUGUUUGUGAACUAUGGAGGAGGACGAUACUGGUUCUUCAGACAUUCAAGUUGGAACGGUCUUACAGUUGCUGAUCUUGUUUUUCCUUGGUUUGUGUUCAUCAUGGGCACAUCCAUCGCACUCUCCAUCAACUCAAUGCUGCGUGGGGGAGCGAGUCGUUCCUCUCUGCUCAAGAAAGUCAUAUGGAGGAGCGCUCAGCUGUUUCUCAUUGGUGUCUUCAUCAUUAACCCAAACUACUGCCUUGGACCAUUAUCGUUUGACAAGUUGAGGAUCCCGGGUGUGCUGCAGCGCCUCGCCUGGUCGUACUUGGUUGUUGCUAGUUUGGACUUACUGGUGGCAAGAGGACAUCUGGACAUACUCACAACAGAUGCUUGGUGGUCUCCUGGUCUUGAUAUAAUACUUUACUGGCCAGCCUGGGUUUGCGUGCUUCUUAUGGAAAUUGUUUGGCUGUGCCUCACUUUCCUUCUUCCUGUACCAGAUUGCCCAACAGGAUACCUGGGUCCAGGUGGGAUCGGGGAUAUGGGCCUCCAUACGAAUUGCACAGGCGGAGCAGCUGGUUACAUUGACCGCAGGCUACUGGGAGAACAGCAUAUUUACCAAAGUCCCUCAUCAAAGGUGAUUUAUGCAACUAAGAUGCCUUUUGAUCCAGAAGGUGUUUUGGGAAGCAUCAACUCUGUCCUUAUGGCUUUUCUUGGAUUACAGGCUGGAAAGAUACUUUUACACUACAGAGAUGUUCCUACAAGUGUUAUUUCAAGAUUUCUCAUCUGGGGUCUCUUACUGGGAGCCGUAUCAGCAGUUCUGACCGAGUGCUCCACAGACAAAGGUUUCAUUCCUGUCAACAAGAACUUGUGGUCACUGUCCUAUGUGACAACAUUGGCUUGUUUUGCCUUUGUGUUGCUUGUGCUGAUCUACUACACAAUUGAUGUUAAGAAAUGGUGGUCUGGGGCACCUUUCUACUACCCUGGUAUGAACUCCAUUCUUGUGUAUGUGGGGCAUGAAGUGUUUGAGGACUACUUUCCCUUCCGCUGGCGCAUGGCCAACAGCCAGUCACACGCUGAGCACCUCAUCCAGAAUAUUCUCGCCACAUCUUUGUGGGUUGUUAUCUCUUACAUCCUCUACAGAAAGAGGAUUUUCUGGAAAAUCUAAAGGACAGCUUACUAAAUCAGCAGGAGUGCACAAGCAAUGCAAAUAUAUAUAUAUUUUUUUACAUCUGAAUUGCUGGUGAUAACAUUUAAAACCAUGUGGGAACAGCUAUUAAUUUACUUUAUAAGUACCAUAAUAAUUACUUUUUUCUAAACUGGUUUGAUUUCAUCUUACAAAGCAGACAUCACCAUUGCUUUUCUCAUCUUGCAUCUUUUGUUAAUGAUCAUUAGACUGCAGGGCCAAAGAUGUUUAGCACAAAUUAGUUUUUUCCCCCCACAUUUUUGAUUAAUAUUACCAAGUAUAUAUUUGUUCUCUUUAAAUCUGGUUUUCGGUCUCUGAAAACCGAAAAGCAGAUUAAUGGUUUAGAUGGUUUAGUGAUUUGGGGUUCUGUAAUAUACUUUUUUUAAUUUUUUUUUAGCUCAAAAUUGUAAGAUGUUACCCCAUUUGUUUUUUAGGGAAAAAACAUCUGGGAAGUGAAUUCAGGAUGCCAGCAGACUUUAAUUGAUUUCACUACUUGUCAUCAAAUAUUUGAAAAGUCCAGUCAUUGACUUGUGCUAGCAUGUUUUAAAACAACAAUGCUGUUUAUUUCCACAAAUGUCAGAUAGACACAUAUAAAUGUUUUAGAGCACAUUUACAAAGAAUUAAAUGUAAAACAUGCUGAUUAUCCAAAUGCUGUCAGAUUUUGGUAUAAGUGUUCAUCUUGUACUUUUUGAAUUGAUUUUGUCAAACUUUUAUACAUGGAAUUUUUUUUAUAUUGUUCAUAAUUUGAAAAUUA